UCUUCCGUAACACAUCCGUACAGAGUGUUUGCUGUUCACUUGGUCCUGUACUACAACACAGUGUAGAUAACACACUUGAUAUAUAGACCCAUUGUUUACAGAUGUGACUGGUAGUGGUAUGAUGAUCAUGUCCUGGUACAGUUUACAUCAUAUGCUCCUUGGAAUGUGUUUUACUGUGGAUUUUUAUUGAAUUUGAUUCGUUAUAUGAAGUGAAUCAUUGUUUAAAUGGGACAUCUGAUUCAUCGUCACCAUUUUGAGCAGAUUAAUAACUAACUGGAGGUGGUGACGCCUGUAUCCAUUGGCAAUCUUUUCUGAUUAUGAAUUGUCACAUGAGUUGCAUUUUGAAAUUACUUAAACAGAAUGUGAUGAAUAUGGCUACAUCAAUGCUCCUUUAUUAGAUAAUAUUUGGAAUUCAAUUGACAUUUCAAAUUUGGUGGUGCAAAGUAUAUUUGAACAAUGCAGCGGGGUAGGGAAUCUAAAAAGUCCAAAUUUAAACCUAAGCUUGAUAAAGUAGGUGGGACAUUCCGACUUGGUAGUAAGGAUAAAGCCAAGAGUAAGUCUAGUACAUACUCAGGUCGACUGCCAUCAACAACUGAGUCGGAAGAGACAAAUGGAUCCCAGUAUGGAUUUGGUCCUCAGCAGGAUGGUAUCAGCACCCUGUCUGAUAAAGAGGUCACGGAAAAGUUCGAACAAAUGCUGGAUGACAUGAACUUGACAGAAGAGAAGAAAGACCCUCUCCGAAAAAAAGACCUCAACCUCAAGAGGUCUAUGUUAGCCAUGCAGUGGAAGGGAGCAGUAAAGAAAAGUGGUGACCUAGAUAGUGCUGGAAGUUUUGUCGCUGAAUUAAGGAAUGCAGAUCUGAAAGGAGAAAAACGAUUGAGGGUGCUGGAAUCUCUGAGAGUGUCACUCACAAGUAACCCUGUCAGUUGGGUGAGUGAGUUUGGACUGAAUGGCCUGAACGCUAUCCUGAGGAAUCUUACAUACUGCUGUGAUUCUAAAACAGAGAGGAAGAGUACCUAUGAGUGUGUACGAUGUCUGAAGGCAUACAUGAACAACAAAUGUGGAUUGGUGAACAUAAUUAACCAUGAAGAGGCACUGACGAUACUCUCACGGACAGUUGACCCCUCCGACCCCAAUACCAUGUUGGAGGCAGUUCGACUGCUGGCUGCUGUAUGUUUGGUACCCCCAGACGGCCAUGAGAAGGCCUUGGAGGGUAUCACAGUGUGUGGAGAGAUACGAGCGAGGGACCGCUUUAUUCCAGUUAUUAUGGGGCUGGGUAUGAGAGACAACCAGCCCAUGCAAGUGGCCUGUAUACAGCUGGUUAACGCCAUUAUUAGUACCCCUGAUGACCUAGAUUUUAGGAUACACCUCCGCAACGAAUUCAUGCGCACAGGACUUAUAGACCUUAUAGGGUGGCUAGAUAAACAGGAAGAUGAUGAGUUGAAGACGCACGUACAGAUUUUCCAUGACCAUAAAGAGGAAGACUUUGAGGAAUUUUCACAUCGAUAUGACAAUGUCAGAAUAGAAUUUGAGGAUACACGGCAGUGUUUUGAGCUGGUGGCCAACUCUGUUAAGGACACCAUUGCUGAACCCUACUUCCUGUCCAUCAUGCAGCAUCUCCUGUGUAUCCGUGACGACGUGUACUCUAGGCCACAGUACUACAAGUUGAUAGAGGAGUGUGUAACCCAGAUUGUCCUGCAUCGGUCAGGGACUGACCCCGACUUCAGACACACAAAACGCUUUGAGGUGGAUGUUGACCCUCUUUUAAGUAGCCUUGAAGACAAAUCCAAAUUUGAGGAUGCAGAAGUCAGUAUUGUUGAAAUGAACUCUAAAUUAGAAACAGCUAUAACAGCUAAGCAGGAAUAUGAGGCCCGAGCUAUGACACUCGAGGAGAGGGUGAAAAAAUACGAGGAAGAACUUGUCACAAUGAAAGAAAAAGUAAAGUUGUAUCAAUUAACUAGUGUUAGUAGCGGUUCCGUCUCCGAGUCCAGUACCAUGGACGGUCCUUGUGCAGAGUUGCGACUGGGAAUAGGAGAUACGAUAAGCAACUCCAAAGCAUUGGGUGGCCCAGGGGGUGGACCUCCUCCCCCUCCACCUCCACCAUUCCCUGGGGGUGGUCCCCCCGCUCCCCCUCCGCCCCCACCCCCUCCUGGUAUGGGAGGUGGGCCACCUCCUCCACCACCCCCACCUAUGUUUGGUGGUGGUAUUCCCCCACCACCCCCUCCCCCUGGUAUGGGUGGUCCUCCUCCGCCUCCCCCUCCCCCAGGGACUCCCCGACCCCCAGGGGCACCUCCUCCUCCCUUCAGCCCUGCCGCCCCAUCCCCACCUGUAAACGUCUUACCACAUGGAAUGCAGCCCAAGAAAAAGUAUGAAGUUGGAGCACAGACCAAGAGGAUCAACUGGAAUAAGGUCAACCUGAAAAAUAUUGAGAAGGACUCUUUCUGGGUUACUGCCAAGGAGCAGAAGUUUGAGAAUGAUGAUAUAUUCCAGGGGCUGGUGGAAAACUUUGGUACACUAUCAAAAACGAAAAAGCUUGACACCACAGAAAAUACUGAGAAGAAAAAGAUAAGUAAAAAGACAAAGGAGCUAAAGGUUCUGGAGGGAAAAGCAGCACAAAACUUGUCCAUCCUGCUAGGCUCCAUCAAGGUGCCGUAUGAAGAGAUACGGCGGCGUAUCCUGGUAGUGGACGAGGCCAAUCUAUCUACAGCCCUACUAGAGCAGCUCAUUAGAUACAUGCCAGAACCAGAACAGAUCAACAAACUCGCCUCCUUCAAGGACCAGUAUGCAGACUUGGCCGAGUCCGAGCAGUUUACUGUAACGAUAAGCAGUAUCAAAAGAAUUACCCCUAGGUUAAAAUCAAUACUCUUUAAGAUGAACUUUCCCGAGUUGGUCUCAGAAAUUAAGCCGGGCCUGGUGGCGGCCAUUGAAGCCUGUGAAGAAGUCAAAAACAGUAGAAAGUUCACCAGUCUGUUGGAGUUAAUCCUAUUCAUGGGAAAUUAUCUCAACGCAGGCUCGCGAAACGCUCAGUCUGUCGGGUUUGAGCUGAGUUAUCUAAGUAAGCUCCACAACACUAAGAGCCAGGAUGGUAAAACAACUCUAGUCCAUUACCUAGCCAAUGUGGUAGAACAGCAGCAUCCGGAACUCCUUACAUUUCCAGAGGAACUCUCCUAUAUUGACAAGGCUGCCCGAGUGUCAGAUGAAAUGCUCCAGAAGAAUAUCAGACAGAUGGAGAAGAGCUUAGACCAGCUGGAGCUAGACGUGAAGAACCAGAGCAAACUGGCCAUGGAGGGCGAUAAGUUUCCUGAUGUCAUGAACGUGUUCCUGACAACAGCUCGGGAGCAGCAGUCCGUCCUCAGUGGCAUGUGUAAGAAAAUGGACAACCUGUACAAGGGCAUGGCCAAGUUCUACGCAUUUGACGUAAAAAAAUAUACCAUGGAUGAGUUCUUUGGGGAUCUCAAGACAUUUAAAGAGCAAUUUGUGGAAGCAGUGAAAGAUAACAUCAAAACUAGAGAAACACUGGAGAAGAUUCGCCGGGCCAAGGAGGCUAAAGAGCGUGCUCAGAAAGAAAAGGAAGCAAAAAUAGCCAGGAAGAAGGCACUUGUCGAUGUGACCAUAGACGAUGACCAGGAAGGAGUGAUAGAUAAUUUAAUGGAUGCUCUCAAGACAGGAUCCGCCUUUAACAAGGGACGCGAUGGCAAGCGACGCACACCACGGGCUGCAGGAGCUGAACGUCGAGCCCAACUUUCUCGGUCAAGGUCACGACAAAACCUACUCCAGGUGGAUAAUUCGACAGUUCGUGAAAUUUCAUUUGAUGACGUAUUAAAAUCAGACACUCCACCACGUGAACGGACAACUGUACCUGUGGAAAAACCAAGGGAACGAAAACGUGAGCGGAGGAAGCCAUCGGAGGGUGAAAGUGAAGCAGAAAAGCUUUUAGCAAGGUUGAAAGAAUUAUGAUGUGUUACACGAGACGAUUACAUGAAAGGGACCAAAACAGGAUAAUACAUAUCUAGUGUUUGUGUAUAUAUGUGGAGAUAGUUGUAUAUAUUGAAGUAGUUAUCAUUUAUCUCAGCAUGAUACACAUGACUGUAGUAGAUAGUUACAACAUAACAUUAGACAUUUAAAAUAACUCAGAAUUUGAGCCUGAAAUAUUAAUGUCAAUAUAUCCAGGACUUGAUUAUAAGUGAGUUAAAUAAUAACAGUUGUAUAAUGACAUAACAUUGAUGGACGUAAUCAAAAUGGAGCAGCAUCCACAAUGAAAACGCUUGAAGUACAUAGUUUACAAAGUUCUGGGGAGGGGGAUGCAGUUCUGGGGAGGGGGAUGCAAAGAUAUUGAGAGUUACAAUUAUUUAGCACACAUCAGUGUAAGCUUGUGUGAUGGCACAGGUUUACUUCCUGUCCAUUCGGCGACAAUGUUAAGGUCAUUUUUUUUCUCUCUUCAAAACCACAAGGCCUAGAAACAUGAUAUUAGGCCAAUGGCUUGCUGUGAUUAAGGGCAGCCUAAUGUUAAAAUAAAUCACUUCGAUAUGCUCUCAAGAUUGCCAGGGACAAAUAUGUUAAACAUUUUUACUAAUUUCUUCUACAGAGCUCUGAGGUCCAUUGUCACGAUAAUUGUCUUGUGGCUCGUGAGAGAAAAUAGCUAUAACUUCAAAGGUCAUGUGGUCAAAUUUAUUUAAAAGACCUAACAGCUUCAUUUGGUUUUCAGCCUGAUAAGCUGUAGGCUAAUUUAGUCAGAUGGAUGACCUUAACCCACUUUAAGGGUCACAGAUAUCACAUAUAUUAAAUGGAAAGAAACAAAACCAGGGCAGCAUUCCUAGGUUCUUUGCCCCUUGUUUUAAAUUUCAUGGUUGUCUAAAUGGUACAAGCUAUCAACACAUGAUGCCACUUCAUCAAAUGUCAUGUACAAAGAAUUAUUAUCAUAUGUGCAUUCGUUAUCUGAAAACUGAGCUUCAUCUUCAAACAAAUAGAUCCCAUCAUCCAUGCAAAGUGAAUAAAUUUCAUGGUAUUAAAGUUGACUGGAGUUUUUCCUGUCCAGUUUGGGAUAUACAUACAGUAUAUAUAAUAAGGUAUUUUGCAAUGUUUUGAAUAUUAGCAUACAUUAUACUGGUAUAGAAAGAGAUGUCUGUAAACUUCUAACUAAAACUUGUAUAGCUACCUGAUUUAACAUAAUGCAUAUGUGGAAAGCAUUUUGCAAAUAUUAAAGUCUUCUGAUGUACAAUGUUAAUCUUAUAACUAAUUCACUGAAAUAUAGGUUUUUCAGUAUACCUUAUCACACUUCGUACCUAUUUCAUUAUAUGAAGAUUAAUGCAUAGCAUUUUCUUUGAUGACUACAAAAACUGAGAGUGUUACUGUGUAUCUGAUAUUCUAUUGGGUAUUAAACCAUUUGGUUGGUUGGUUGGUUGAUGGGUUUAUAGACUACACUUCACUGACGAAGUCUGUGUUCAGUCAUCUUGAGGGGGUAAGCGCCAGCUUACCGGGCCCUCGGAGAUUCAAAUGUCCUGCCCAUCCAGGUCACGCUCUAAGGUCGAACAGCUCCUUAGAUGCGGACAGGCUGUCACAGCUCCUUACAUGCAGACAGGCUGUCACAGCUCCUUAGAUGCGGACAGGCUGUCACAGCUCCUUAGAUGUGGACAGGCUGUCACAGCUCCUUACAUGCGGACAGGCUGUUACAGCUCCUUACAUGCAGACAGGCUGUCACAGCUCCUUAGAUGCGGACAGGCUGUCACAGCUCCUUACAUGCAGACAGGCUGUUGCAGCUACUGCGGUCCACAGGAACAUGUCCUUUCUGUAGUCCUCACUGCCCUCCUAUGUAUUGAACCAUAACACCAGCUUCUAUUUAUAGGUUCUAGUAUAUCUUUAUGUGUAUAUAUCAAACUGUUAGCCUAUCAAUGAUAUAUAAGGUGUUUCACCAUUAAUAUCUUAUGAUUAAUGGUUGCUACUACCCUGACUGUACAUACACAAAGUGGCUUCCUGUUCCAGUGUUCUUGCUGUCAGUUGUUUAGGUAGGCCCUAUAUGCUUUGAUGAAUUUGAAGUCAGCUUACAGUGGUACACACAGUCAUUAGCCCAUACCUUGCGUCAUAUAACUAAAGAAUGGUUUGGUUGGAGUCAUGAAAAUUUCAGGAACUUUUCAUUCACAAUUUAUUUUUUUAAUAUCUGUGAUUUCGUUGUUUCCAAAGUCAAAUUAUAAUAUCCCAGAGCUAAGACAGCACAGGAAACUUGUUACCAGAAGAAACUGGCUUAAGAUUUUUCCUACCCUUAAACUUUGCCACAGGGAAACCAUUGCUUAAGUGAAGGAAUUACCUUAAGGAAUAUUUGUGAACUCUGAACCUGGUUCUAUAUUUUAAUAAUUUUGUAUAUGUUCUAUAUAUAAUAUAUGUAUAUAUAUGGUAAUCAGUGCUUUAUGUACAUAAGGGAUGUUAUACUAUUUUCCUACAAAUGUUUACUUGUAAUAUACUGUUUUUACCAACACGCUACCCACGAGGAGAGAUGGGUCUGUACUCUGCCAGGGAACAUGGCAGUACAUGUGUACACAUGUGUUUAUGUGUGUGUAUGGAGUGUGGGAGGAAAGUGUUUCUGACUAUAUAUCACCCCUUUGUCAAACUAUUUCGGGUCUGAUUUCUUAAAAAUCAUUUUAAUGUAAGGCAUUUGUAUUUAGUUCAGUGAUGAUUAGUUUACAUCAUUUUAUUAAUACUAAGAUCGGGAAUAACAUUUUCUUACAAUUAUAUAUAAAUGUUAAAUCAUUAUUAAUUAAAUGCAGAUCCAUUAAUAGAGAUAAGUUGAGGCAUGGUUUUGUAGGUUCAAAACUCAUUUAGCCCAAUAAGAUAUUAUCAUCAUGUUGAAAUUUUCGUUUUAGAAUUUUUCAAAAAUGUUGAAUUUUGUUAAGUACCAAAUAAAUUGAUAACAAAUGAUCAUUUGAAGAUAAAUAUAAACUCCAUGUGUAUGAUGCAGUUGGAUUUAAAAUAACUCACAGAAACAGGCCAACAAUGUAAUAAAGUUGUUUAAAAUUGGGUCCCAGAUAUUUCUAUGAUGAAAGACAUUUGUUAACUUUAAAAACAAAACUUCAUUGAAAAGAUAAGUAUCUUGAGCAACUGUAACAUAAACCACGAAAUUACCUGCUAUCUAAGUCCGUGCUUAAUCUACUUGUUACCGGGAUUCUGUAGCUGAUAUACAUUCCUCUAUUUAGUUAAUUAUUCUGACAAAUCAUGUGUUGUUAUAGUUUGUUUCAUUAGUUUAGACUGUUGAAACUUUGAUUUAUACUUAAAGCUUAAAAGGUUGUCUAACAUCUACUGACCAUUGUGUAGACUGUUGACCAAGUCUACUGACCAUUGUGUAGACCGGUGACCAACUCUACUGACUGUUGUGUAGACUGUUGACCACGUCUACUGAUUGUUAUGUAGACCGGUGACCACGUCUACUGACUGUUGCCUAGACUGGUGACCACGUCUACUGACUGUUGUGUAGACUGUUGACCAUGUCUACUGACUGUUGUGUGGACCGUUGACCACAUCUACUGACUGUUGUGUGGACCGUUGACCACAUCUACUGACUGUUGUGUGGACUGGUGACCACAUCUACUGACUGUUGCGUGGACUGGUGACCACAUCUACUGACUGUUGCGUGGACUGGUGACCACAUCUACUGACUGUUGCGUGGACUGGUGACCACAUCUACUGACUGUUGUGUGGACUGGGGACCACAUCUACUGACUGUUGUAUGGACCGUUGACCACAUCUACUGACUGUUGUAUGGACCGUUGACCACAUCUACUGACUGUUGUAUGGACCGUUGACCACAUCUACUGACUGUUGUGGAGACUGGUGACCACAUCUACUGACUGGUGUGUGGACUGGUGACCACAUCUACUGACCAUUGUGUGGACCGGUGACCAUGUCUACUGACCAUUGUGUGGACCAGUGACCAUGUUUACUGACCAUUGUGUGGACUGGUGACCACAUCUACUGCCUGUUGUGUGGACCGUUGACCACAUCUACUGACUGUUGUGUGGACUGGUGACCACAUCUACUGACCAUUGUGUGGACCAGUGACCAUGUCUACUGACCAUUGUGUGGACUGGUGACCACAUCUACUGACUGUUGUGUGGACCGUUAACCACAUCUACUGACCACUGUGUGGACCGGUGACCGUGUUUACUGCCCAUUGUGCAGACUGGUGACCAUGUCUACUGACUGUUGUGCGGACCGUUGACCACAUCUACUGACUGUUGUGUGGACCGUUGACCACAUCUACUGACUGUUGCCUAGACUGGUGACCACAUCUACUGACUGUUGUGUGGACCGUUGACCACAUCUACUGACCAUUGUGUGGACCGGUGACCAUGUCUACUGACCGUUGUGUAGACCGGUGACCAUGUCUACUGACCAUUGUGUGGACCGGUGACCGUGUUUACUGACCAUUGUGCAGACUGGUGACCAUGUCUACUGACCAUCGUGUGGACCAGUGACCAUGACUUCUGAUAUACAUAUACCAGUCACCACUGUGAAUGUUGAUUAAACCUACUCUAUUUUUGAUUACUAUAAUUAUUAAGCAUAGUUUGAUAGACAUUUAUGAACUGUGGGCUUCAUCUUUAUAAGUUGGACAUUUUAUUUUCUUGGUUCUUUAUAAAAUGUGUUCUGGACAAGUAUGUGUCUAUGAGUGGUCAGACCUACUGCUGUGAUGUUCUAUUAAGCAGUAAUUGUAUAGUGUAUGCCUUGGGUGUUCAGACACAGUAUAUAUAUAUAUAUUGUUGUUCUAAUCUUGUUAAGUUUAUUUUAUUUUUGUGAGUCUAACUGAUCUGGUACCUUAAAAACUACCAAGACAAACUACAUCUACAUAACGUUGCAUAUUAAAGCUGAUUCUCUGUAGUAUCACUGUAUAUUUAAUAUAUGGGUUGAGCUAUCUGGGUACAGUAACAGUUUGUGUUCUGACACUUUUCUCCAGUACUGUAAUAACUUGCCAGACUAUUAAUUGCAUUCAAGCUUGUCAUUACAAGUCUUUUCUGUCUUUUUGUUAUUAUUUUUUUUUUGCAGAAUUAAAGAAAUUAGUCUAAUAUGUAUCAUUCCAAUAAAUCUUUGGUGCUCAAUACACAAUUUAGGACAUAUUAUUAAACUAUGCCAUGUUGCAAAGCAGAGAGCCAGAUGUACUUCCCCUCUCAAAAUCAAACUUGGACUAGAUAUCUGUUACUUAGCCCUGUUUAGGUAUCUCAUUCUGUCUACUAUAUUACAUAUAACACUGUCUAGAUCCAUCCCUGUCCAAUAUACCCAGAUUACUUCUAAUAUUGUACAAAGUUUUAAAUGUGGAAAUUUCAUUCAGACCAAGAUUUUCCUCUUUUUUUUUCUUCAAAAAGUUCCAAUGAAGGAUUAGUCAGUAGAAUUGCUAUUUUCUAUGUAUGCUAGUGUAAUAAUGCUUGUGCUUUUAUCUUUGUACGCGCACUGCUACAGCCUUGUGUAUGCUGGAUUAGCUAGGAGAGAGAAGAAGUGCUAAUGUGAGUUGUAUGACUGGGAACAAUUGUAUUGGAACUCAUUGCCUGAAUAAAACAUUUAAAACUGUCCAAGUUA